CAGAAAUAUCUCAACCAGUUCAGCUAUCUUUCAAUGUCAAGAUCCGGCAACCAUGAUGUGAAGAAAGCCAUCAGCAACUUUCAGCGUUUUGCUGGCUUGGAUGUUACUGGUCGUCUGGACAGACCUACUCUAACUUUGAUGAAAAAACCGAGGUGUGGAAUGCCAGAUGAAGUGGCAAGCGGUAACCGUUUUCGCCGCUAUAAAACAGCCUCAAAAUGGAGGAAGACUUCUUUGACGUACUACAUCCAACAUGGCCGCGACCUCAGCAGAGAUCAGCAAGACCGAAUUUUUGCUAAGGCGUUGCAAUAUUGGGCUGACGUAUCAUCGCUCUCGUUCAGGAGAGUGAACAGUGCAGGACAAGCUGAUUUGAAAAUCAGGUAAAGCGUUGUCUUCAACGAAAACCUUUUUAUCAAAAUGGUCAUCUUCAGACAAAGACGAGAGUAACAAAAAAUGAUAGACGUAUGUCUGCCUGUUUGUUUAUCUGUCUGUUUACAUAUAAAUUGCAUGGUUGUUUAUGGUCUAUGUGUAUGUUUGUUAAUUUGUUCAGUUUACCUUUCCUGAUUUUAGUUUUGGAACCCGAAGACACGGAGGAACCAAUGCUGAGAGAACAUGUGGAAGCACAUUCGACGGCCCGGGUAGGGUUCUGGCACACGCGUACUUCCCCUCUGACGGCCGCGCCCAUUUUGACGAAGAUGAAACAUACACAGAUGGGCAAUCAAGGGGAACAAAUUUGCUGUGGGUUGCCACCCAUGAAUUUGGGCAUUCACUCGGUUUGGAACACACCAACGUCAAAGGUGCAAUCAUGUACCCCUACUAUACUGGCUACGUUCCCAAUAUGAAGCUUCACUCUGAUGACAUUGCAGGGAUACGCUCACUUUACGGUGAGGGGGAGAAAACUUAUCAUAGCUUCUCUUAA